UAACUUAUUACAACAAUUGGGAUGAGUUCCUGAAGUCUGAAUACGACCUUCUUUUUAAAGCUCCUCUAUAUAUUCAUUUGAUUCCCUAUUUCCAUCUCACUUUCGAGAACUCUCUCUCUCCAGAAUAUUCUCUUUUUCCUGCUGGAAGUUGAGCUAGUACUUAUACAAAUAAUUUUGUGAAUAUUUUUUGCAAUUGUCAGCGUUGCAGUGCAAAUGGGGAGGCAUUCUUGCUGUUAUAAGCAGAAGUUAAGAAAAGGGCUUUGGUCUCCAGAGGAAGAUGAGAAACUUAUACACCACAUAACAACUUAUGGACAUGGCUGCUGGAGCUCUGUUCCGAAACUAGCCGGUCUUCAAAGAUGUGGAAAGAGCUGCAGAUUAAGGUGGAUCAAUUACUUGAGGCCUGAUUUGAAAAGAGGGACAUUCUCACAAGAGGAACAAAAUUUGAUAAUUGAACUGCAUGCAGUUCUUGGCAACAGAUGGUCUCAGAUUGCUGCUCAAUUGCCUGGAAGAACAGAUAAUGAAAUAAAGAAUCUUUGGAAUUCUUCCAUUAAGAAAAAAUUGAGGCAAAAAGGGAUUGACCCGAAUACUCACAACCCAUUUUCUGAAGUUGAAAAUUAUGAAGAAAAACCAUCUGCAAGCAGCAUCAAGAAUAAUCACCAGGAUCAGAAAACAUCAGACGGGUCCAGUGAACCAAUUUUUGUGGAAUCCAAGAACUGUAAUAACAUAGGAAUUACAGCAACUCAAAACGGAAAUCUAUCUUCUGUUGGAAUGGACCAUGAUUUUUUCCUUAACAGGUUCGUUGCUAACCAUGAAACCUCCACCACCAGCUGCAAGAAUUCUGAUUUAUCAAGGCUUCUAUCUUUCCAGCAGUUAAAUUGUGGUCCCAACACAACAAAUUUGUACUUCACUCCAAAUUCCACGACUUCGGCAAUGGCUAGGAACCCGUUGUCUCCACCCCGUACCAACUACGAGAUCACCCCAAGGCCUCCUUCAGUUCUCCCCUCGAUUCUUGCGCCUUUGAUAUGUAUAAAGCCUAACGUGAAUCAGCCUUCGGAUAGUUCCAUAAGCCCUUUUGGUGUAAACAAGUUUCAGAAUACGGAUUUCUUUGAGAACAAUGGUUUCCCAUGGGGAAAAUCAGAGGAAUUAGAAAGUCAUAUUCACGCAUCAGAAGCAGAAAUUCCACAAGAUAUUAAGUGGAAUGAGCAUCUUCAGACUCCAUUUUUACUGAACAAUUCUAUUCAGAAUCAAACACAUUUGGCUACAGAAGAUUCAGUAAGUGCUGCUAAUUGGCAUUCAAAUCAGCUGCAACAACCGUUACAAUCAGCAGAAGUAUACAGCAAACAUCUUCAAAUGCUUUCUGCCUCAUUUGGACAGUUUUCUUAGGUUAUUUUUCAACCCCUAAAGGCUGCUAAUUCAACAGUUGUGUGCUUAUAAGUUUUAUUCUCACUUUGUACAUAAGGAACUAGAUAUACAGACUUCUCAACUUCUUGAUACCAAUAUUUUGAUAGAAAACUUGUUCCUGUUUCAAUUUCGAUUCAUCUUUUGUUGUAAGGUUUA